GGGGGCGGUGUGGAUCUCCAUGCUUCUACAGUAACAUGGCGGUCUGAUGUAAGGAUAUUUUUGGUUUGAUUUUUCAAAAGUACAAGGACCUGCAAUCGAGACGUUGAAUAAAGUUUCAUACAUGAAGAAAAUUUUAGAGGAAACCUUCAAGUAACAUGGAGCCAGUGGAUCCUGUUGUCUCAGGAAAAGGGCAAGACAAGCCAUCACAGUCUCUUUAUUUAUCUCCCAGCUCGAAAGGACGGCAACGGAAGAAAAACCCCAAGUAUUUAGAUGAACCGGAUUUCACUGAAAAUGUCAAACAGAAAUCCCCCAGAAAGUCACCGGAAAAAGGUGUACCCCCUAAAAAGACCCCUGCAAAACCUAGAAAAACUAAAAAACCUCCAACAGAGACUGCAAACGGAGAAAAAGAACAAAUCCCUCCAGAUGCGGUGGUACAGACAUUAGUAACGCCUAAAAGACGAGGAAGAUCCAAAAAAACACCGUUAGUGAAGACGGCUUCGCCGUCUCUAACUGUCACUGCUGAUGGAGACCCCCCAACCACAGAGACUGGAGGUGCAGAAAAUUCAGUCAAGCAGGAAAAUGGGACACCGAAGCCAAAGAGAAAGUAUGUCAGAAAGAAGCCUGUAGAGGAAGUUAGAGAUCCACCAGAUAAAAAGGAGCAAGGAGAACCUGAUGAGGAGCCUGAAUCCGGGGGCCGUCGCAGAAGAGGGGCCGCAAAGGUGGCGCUGAAAUACCUUCACGAUUUAGCCAAAGAGGCGUUUGCUCAUUCCAGAGAUGAACCGGACUCUGGGCAGCAAGGAGAAUCCCAAAAGAAAGGCUCCAAAAAAGGCCGAAAGAGAAAACGGGACAACAUCGACGCUCUUGACGAUGAAGACUUUGUUCCGAAUAUCGUAGACGAAGAAGAGGACGAGGCUGAUGAAGGCGACCAGGAAGAGGAAGAGUUUUGGGAUGAGGAGAGAGAUGGCAGAAGGUUUCCAUCUGCUUUUUACAGCAGCAAGGGCCGUGGCAAACCCAUCAAAGGAAUACCUAAUAAUAUCAUACAGACAAUGACGGACUCAGCUGAGAAAACCAGGAAAUUCCGGGAAGAGCACUGCAGCAGCUGGGUGUUCCCAGACUGGGUUCCCUCUGCUAAAGAUUGGGAGCCUGUUCCAGAAAAUGAACUGGAAAAAUACCUCCCUCAAGAAGUUAAGUCAGCUGCUUUCAAAGUGACCAGAGAAGGUCUAACGAAGGAAGAGGCGCCGCAGCUUCGGCUCAGCAGGUAUUCAUCAAUGUUUUGUAAAUGUCGACUUUGUGUGUUUUUUUUUACAGAAAGUAACGCUGAAAUCCCCCCAAUUUACAAGGCACGAGAUGUGGUCACCUUAAAACUGGGCGGCAUCAAAUCUCCUCGGAAAGAAAGGAGUGGACAGGUCCUCUCUAUGGACUGGCUUCCUCAAAAACCACACAACAUAGUGGCUGUUGGAUUCUAUGAUGGCUUAGUUGGACUCUGGGAUCUUUCCACGAAAUCUUCCCUGUUGAGAGUUAGAGAGUCUGACAGAUCUAUGACUCUGCUGCCCUAUCGAUGCAUUCUGGCUCACGAGCAUGCAGUCCGAUCUCUGGUCUUCUGUCCUGCAUCCAGAUUCCUGCUGACGACUGCAGGUGAGGACCGCUACUUAAAGACAUGGGACCUGAGGCGGAUCUGUGACCCUGUCAAGACCCAGAAACGCUGCCUGGCUACGGAAAUCUGCUGGCCGCUGGACGCUCCUGGCAUCCUGUCUGCCCAGGAAUCUGCCUUUGUGCCAACAAAGACGGGCUACCGCUGCACCGCCACUCUGCUAGAUGGCGCUGCCUUGUCUCACUCUGAUUGGCUGAACAGCGUGUUGUCUUCAGAUGUGUACGGUGGUGUGAUUCUCUCUAUGUUACCGCCAACUACCAGCGGUCAAACCUACAUUAAGAGAACGCACUUGAGACGUUUUCCUGCCUACUUCACAUCUUUGGUGCCUUUUGAAGCAACUGCAGGUAAAAAUAAAGGCAGGAAAGAUGGAGGAGCUGUUAGUGAUGGGCAGGAAACAGGUGAGACGGAAAAAUCAGAAGCUGGAAGAACAAACGGGGAGGAAAAUGACGGAGCAACAGUUAGAACAGACGCAAGUCCUCAGCUACAGUUUGGGACGUACAAAGAGGCCGUCAAAAAAUACUACCUGCACUAUAAAGACUUUGACAUGGAAAGCCUUGCAGGACUUGAAAAGCGGACUUUGUGGAAACACAUGGAUGGCCCAGAACUAAGGGCU